AUGUCGAAUCAACAAACCUCUCAAUGGAAAGUGGCUGCCAACAAGAACAUCAAGAAGCUUCGGGCUGUCAGCAAGGUGUGUGGGCUAGCAAAGAGCUGGCAGCAUUGGAUAUCAGAGAAUGAGAGGAAACAGGCUUCAGAGCCUAGUGGAUGGUCGCCAUGUCAAGAAGAUUCGACGGAAGAACCUCAAAAGGAAUCCAAAGUAGAAGAAGAUCUGCAACGCGAGGUUUCUACAAAAGUGUUACCCGACCCUUUGACUUUACCUCAAGAAUUAAACAAGGUUGAAGAUGCUAACAAAUCAGAGCUAACAACAACUUCGUCCUCUAUUACGGUCAAGUUGAUGAUUAAGUCUAUUGGACCAAAAGAUAGAAAUGCAGGAAUGAAGUUACUGACACAGAAGAUUGAGAGUGAGGAUGCUGAGGAAAAAUACUCUCCUACUCGGCACACAGCGUGCUCAAAAAUGGUUUCAUCACAGUUCCAAACUGAAAUGCCGAUAGAGCAUCAGCAGAAGCCUGGAAAAGAAGGUUAUCCAGAAGACAAACAUACUCAUCUUUGUGCUGAUUCAAAGGACAGUACAAGGCACUCAAGAAAUGAGCGGGAGACCUUAAACUUGGAUAAUGAAGACUCUCAAAAUAACUCAACAAAAAUCUAUGAUGGAAAGUCACCAGUGAAAAUAAAAAGGCCGGAAAUUCUAACGUAAGAAUCUGCGGAAGCCCGUAAGAUCAAUUCUCUCUCCAAGAAAUACAGUCCAGUCGGGAAUCUCAAGAGCCGCUGGCAAAACUGGGCUUCGGCACACACUGAUAAUCAGAAACUAAACCCUUUCAGUGAAUACUUUGACUUUGAAUACUCCAUGUCCCUCCGCCUCCAAAAGGGUCAGGAUGGAUACGGACGCCCGAAGGAGGGUACUAAAACAGCAGAAAGAGCCAAACGUGCUGAGAAACACAUUCACGGAGAGAUCGCUGAUAUGUGUUACGUCAUCAGAACGAUGGCCGAUCCGGAUCAAGACGGGAAGACACGGGUUACGUUUGGAGAACUCUUUGACAGAUAUGUUCGCAUAUCUGAUAAGGUGGUUGGAAUUCUAUUAAGAGCCCGGAAACAUGGAAAAGUUCACUUUGAAGGGGAAAUGCUAUGGCAAGGACAGGACGAUGGAGUGAUCAUCACUCUGUUGGUGUGA